CAUCCACAGAUUAUAGGGGAGAGAGAAGUUGAAUUGAGGUAAGCCAUGGAUAUGUGGUUGGAAGGUGCUGAGUAGCAGUGAGGCAUUAGAAUUUCCACCAUCAUCUGUGGUUUCUAUGAAGAAAACCUAUGGUAUGAAACACUGACAGAAACAAUGCUGGACUAGGUCUCUCUGAUUGGAUUUGAAGACCUUGAAGUCUGUUCUGAUUCCACCCCUGGCCUUCUUGCUCUUGGAGGAAAGGACUUCCAGGUCUACCUAGGCUUGUUUUAAUUGGGUGUUCCUAAGGAAAAAAGUAUAGGAAUGAAGAAAUAGUAAUGCAAUCCUUAGAAAAUUUGCAUCUCAGUAAAAGCAGUUGGCUAUUAAACUACAAAUGGCUCAUUUGCUGAGCUGGGGGAAAAAAAAAGGAAACAUCUCCCUGUUUGGAUACUGGUAUCUACCUACACAUUUCAGUAUUUCUCCUGCCUCAGCAUCAGUACUAUAACUGCUGAAUUCUCAAUGAGUAAAGAUGCUUGAGGCAUUUUAUUUUUCUGCUGUUAUUGCCUCACUUAGUUUUAAUUUUGUAGGAAUGAUUAUGAAUCUGUUCAUUGCAGUGGUCAUUUACAGGACUUGGGUCAAAAGCCACAGAAUCUCCUCUUCUGAUAAGAUCCUCUUCAGCUUGGGCAUCACCAGAUUUUUUAUGCUGGCAUUGUUUAUCCUGAGCAUUUUGUACAUCAUCUCUUCAAAGGCUGAAAGGUCAGUCUCCUAUUACACACUUUGUCUGUUAUGCUGGAGGUUUUUAGACUCUAUCAGUCUCUGGUUUGUGACCUUGCUCAACAGCUUGUACUGUGUGAAGAUAACUAACUUCCAACACUCAGUGUUUCUCCUGCUGAAACGGAAUCUCUCCCCAAAGAUCACCAGACUGCUGCUGGCCUGUGUGCUGAUUUCUGCCUUCACCACUCUUCUGUAUGUUGUGUUCAGACAGAUGUCACAUUUUCCUGAAUUUGUGACUGGGAGAAAUGGCACCUUAUUUGACCUCAAUGAGGGCAUCUUGUCAUUGGUGGCCUCUUUGCUUUUGAGCUCAUUGGUCCAGUUUAUCCUUAAUGUGACUUCUGCUUCGUUGUUAAUACAUUCUCUACGGAGACAUAUACAGAAGAUGAAGAAAAACUCCACUGGCUUUUGGAACCCCCAGACUGAAGCUCAUGUCCGUGCUAUGAAACUGAUGAUCUAUUUCCUCAUUCUCUACAUUCCAUACUCAGUGUCUACCCUGCUGUGUUAUCUCCCAUCUUAUUCCAGGAUGGGUUUGGGAGUCAAAGCCACUUGUAUGAUUAUUUCUGCUCUUUACCCUCCAGGACAUUCUUGUCUCCUCAUUCUCACACAUUCUAAACUGAAAACCAAAGCAAAGAAGAUUCUUUGUUUCAACAAAUAGUGAAAUUUCAGCUGUAAUCAUUGGCUGGAGUUAUAUAUGGGUUGGGAGCAAGAUUUUCUGUUAGCAGUUUUCUUAUUGGUUUGGAGAAGUUAUUUUUCUGUCUGUGAUUCUGACAUCCUAUGUCUUUGAGUGCCUGUAUAUCAAUUAAUUUUGCAUUUUGUUUUUGCCAAUAUUUUAAAAUGAAGUACAUUCUUAAGGAACUUGUUUGAGGCAUUACUUAUGAUGAAUUUUUCAUGAUUUUUACAUUUUUGGGUAAUGAUAAUCACCCCCUGGUUAUUGAAGUAUGAUGGGAAGUUACCCCAAAUUAAGAAACAUAUUCUGGUGCAUAUGAUGAUUUUUUUUUGUUAUUGUUUAAUUGAAGAGUCCUGAGAGAAAGUACAGCAGUAUAUGUGUAGUCAUUGAGAGCCAGUAGACAGGCUUUAGAUAUAGUAAGGUGGAACAACAACAACAAAAAAUUCAAUGAAAGUAAAUUAUUGGGUGAGACAGAGAAAAGUCCUCACACUUGCUGGGUGACAGUAACCACUAGUACUAUCAAGAAACCCUAGCACUGAAUUUCUAGGUUGUAUAUGGAAAGGAGGAAAAAGUAAUUUGAUAGGUGGAGGGAAGUGAUUAGUAUUAAAGAAGUCAAAUCCAGAAUAGUUUCAAGGAUCUCAAAUCCAAAGAGCUAACUUUCUUGGUCAAAAGCAAGUUCAGAUGGUGAAAUCAACACCACGUGAGUGCAAAUUUACAAAAUACUGUAACUCAUCUUGCAAUAUGGAAUUUGGUGGAAAGCUAAGAGGAGCCAUUGAAUUGGUAGUGGAAAUGCCUGACUCUGGGGAGAUUUAUUUCGGUAGUAUAUGCAUUUGUACAGAGCACAGGAUAGCACUCUUUCUGGAGUUGGGACAGCUGGACUGUGCCUCCACAGGAACAAAGAUAUGAACACAGGAUAUUGACAAGUUUUG